AUGUUGACCAAAUCAUGGCAAUCUCCAGCAAUUGGAAAACUUCCCAGUCUUCAAGAUAGAUCUGAUCCUUGCCUCCCUUGCCUUGCCAUGACUCGCGAGCAAAACCAGAACCAGAAGCACAGUCUUUUAAGUCUUUCCAAUCCUUCCUGUAGAGAUAACAGUGCCUCGGGAGUCCAUCGUGCUAUCGCAACUUUUAUCUCGGCUGCGCCCAAUGUCGCCGCCGAGACUGCUUGA